UGGUAAAAAUUAUUUAUCACUAAAUUAGACAAAACCCUAAACCCUGCCAGAAGCAUAUUUCUACCCUGGUUGGUUUGUAUCGGUGACUCGUUAGUUAGCUGAACUAGCAAGUAUGAGGGGUCUCAAUGGAGCAAUAUCAAUCGCCAGAGCCUUAAGAGUCAACUCCACCGCCGCUUCCACCUUUCUCCGACAUCCGCGACCAGCUCCCUACGCCGCAACAUAUUGUUCUUAUUCCAUCCCUCAGAAUCUCGUUGAUCGCUCGGACCUAUCAACUCCCCCUAUUGUUCGCAGCGACGUCAUCGGAUUUAGGUAUUAUAGUUCUGCUGCCACCGCCGCCGCAACGUCUACGCCGCAGCAAGACCUCAAGACGAGAGGCGCCGAACAAAAUAGCUUCAAUCCCAAAGAAGUUGUUCUCUUUCAGUAUGAAGCUUGCCCCUUCUGCAACAAGGUUAAAGCUUUUUUAGAUUAUCAUGGUAUUGAGUACAAAGUGGUUGAAGUAAAUCCAAUGAACAAGAAAGAGAUUAAAUGGUCUGAUUACAAGAAGGUGCCAAUUGUCACUGUUGAUGGUGAACAAUUAGUUGAUUCUUCAGAUAUAAUUGAUAAGUUGAUCAAAAGGAUACAUCCAGAUUAUGAUCUAAAUGCAGACGAAGAGAAGAAGUGGCGCGAGUGGGUAGACAAUCACUUGGUGCAUGUUUUGUCGCCAAACAUAUAUCGAACUGUUUCGGAAGCUCUUGAAUCAUUUGAUUAUAUUACCACCAAAGGCAAUUUCAGUUUAUAUGAGAGGUUAGUGGCAAAGUAUGGUGGGGCUGCUGCCAUGUAUUUCGUGUCAAAGAAAUUGAAGAAGAGACACAAUAUCACUGAUGAGCGUGCAUCGUUGUAUGGAGCUGCUGAACAAUGGGUUGAUGCUUUGAAGGGUCGAAAAUUUCUUGGUGAUUUGCAACCUAAUUUAGCAGAUCUUGCUGUUUUUGGUGUUCUAAGACCCAUCCGUCACCUCAAGUCAGGUCGUGAUAUGGUAGAGCACACAAGGAUUGGGAAUUGGUUUUCUGAGAUGGAACAUGCAGUAGGACAGUCUUCCAGAAUGAAUGAGCAUAAGUAGACUAUUUCUUCAAUCUAUGGAUAGUGAAAUGCUAUACGUCGUAACCACAAAUUAAAUAAGUUUGCUUUUACCAAGUUUGGCGAGUCUUUGUAAGCAAAACAUGUUCUGUUCUAUUAUUUAUGGUCUGGUCGUAUUGGUUAUUUGUUGUCACACACUGUAAUGUAAUGAGAAGUGUAGGUAUAUAUUCAAUAAAAAAUCUCUCCAUAUAGAAUGAGCUCAAAAAUUGUUUAUCUAAACAAACCUAUAACCCUAAGACAUUGUAUGAAAUAUGAAUCCAAUGAGUCAGAGAGGCUCAUAUUGAUCAGA